UUACCGACAGAAGCACCGAGAACUCCGGUGAUUCAUCAGCUGCAUUUUAAGAUAGACCCAGACUAAUUAGUACUAAUUAUUAUAUUAUAUUGCAUUAUAUUAUAUUAGGCUAUACUGUAUUAAAUUAAACCAUGGUUCUGACAGCGGGUUCCCGGCUGCAGCUCUUUCAGCUGCAGUUCUCGGAUGCCGGACGCUCCUUCUACAGCAGCGGGGACAAACUGAGCGGCUCCGUGCAGCUUCAGGCGGCGCAGCCCUGCAGGCUCUCCGGCCUCCGGGUCACCGCCGCCGGCUGCGCCCGCGUCGAACACCGCGGCGGAAAGAACCGGAAGAACCGCAGCCAGGAGGUGGAAUACCUGAAGUAUGAGGAGGAGCUGCGGCUGGAGGAGGAGCUGAGCACAGACUCUGACGGCUGCUUCCUGCUGCCAGCAAACAAAACCUUCAGCUUCCAGUUCGGCUUCGAGCUGCCACCGCCGGGGCGUCUGGUUUCGUCCUUCAAAGGGAAGUUUGGUUCAGUGCGUUACUACGUGAGGGCGGAGCUUCAGAGGCCCUCCCAGCAUGCUUUGCAGUGUGAGAAGGAGUUUGAAGUGGAGGAGCCGCUGGACGUGAACCAGGCCGACCUGCUGGCUCCGGCUGCAGCCUCCAAACAGAAGAAGGUCACCUGCAUGUUCAUUCCCGACGGUCAGGUGUCCAUCACGGCUCAGAUCGACAGGAAGGGGUUCUGCGAGGGCGAAGACAUCAGCAUCAACGCCAAGUUCGAGAACACGUGUUCACGGAUCGUGGUACCGAAGGCCGCCAUCAUCGCCAAGCACUCGUACGUGGUGAACGGAUCCACCAAGGUUCUGCGUCAGAAGCUGUCGGCAGUUCGAGGGAACCACAUCAUCUCCGGGAUGUGUGACAUGUGGCAGGGAAAAACCAUCAGGGUCCCCAAACUGAAGCCCACGCUGCUCGGCUGUGACAUCAUCAGGGUGGACUAUGCCCUCAUGAUCUACCUGCACAUCCCCGGCAGCGAGAAGCUGGUUCUGGAGCUGCCGCUGGUCAUCGGUACCAUCCCGUUCAGUGGCGUUGGCAGCAGAACCAGCAGCAUGAGCAGCCAGGCCGGGUCCAUGAGCAGCUGGUCCUCCUUCCCCUCGGCGCCGCCCAGUUACAGCAACAUCCACAGAGACCUGCGGGUCGACGGUCCCAGAACACCGCUGCUGCAUGACUACGACGACGGUGAUGAUGACGAUGAGGGCGGCCUCUUCAUGAGGGCGCCGGAGGUCCAAUACCAACCUCCCCCGGCUUACAGAGAGGUAGAUGACGACUCCGUCAGCCCUCCUCAGGCAGUUCAGGUGUUCUGAGGACAUUCUGCCUACGACCAGACGAGGACACUGUCCACCAUGACGGGACUGAGGACGGAGUCUAAGGGGGAAGCCUGAGCUCCAAGUGUGGUCCUCUGACAUGUCAAUCAUUCCCCGUCCAAUCAGGACUGACACUCUGAGCUCAGCCAGGACAGUGGCUUAGCAGUUUUCUAAUGGUGACUCAGCAGUUUUGUAGUAGUGGCUCUGCUUGUUUUGGCACUUUGUUGCAUGGAUGAAAACAGAAAAAUAGUUUGUUGUGAAAAGUGUCUUUUUUUGUAUUUGUUAUGGACUCUGCGAUUGUUUUUUUUUUUUUUACCGCAAUAUCCUGAUGUUACAUUUGUAUAUAUUUUGUAAAGAAGAAUUUUAUUUUUUUAUUUCACCAAUAAACAUCUUCAGAUCGUAAA